AGUUAACCGAAUGCUAUCUAUACCAUUAACAGCCAACUGAUUGAAACAGGCAGGCAUUCUGCUGCUGCCGCUGUCGCUACAACAGCUGUUGCUGUUCUGUUGCUGUUUUCUUGCUGCUACUGCUGCUGCAGCGGGCGAAUAAAUCCAUUCACAAAGGUUCACUACAGCAGUGGCAGGACUGUUGCUGCCGUAAACUUGCUGUCGAAUAGGAAAAGUUGAAAGCGUAUAUUGAGUUUAAGAACAGAGCGACAACAUUUGAGAUUCCUGCAUAUAUUAGUACAUUGGUAUAAUAUAUAGUCAUAUUGUAGGGAGAAAAACACCAGAUAAAAAGACAGGAGGGAAAGGUGAAGAAAGAAUUGAGGUGGGAUUUUUUUUCUCCCCCAACAUUAUACGAUUUUAUAUCUUUAUGAAAGGUGUAAUCAUACAUUGGUUCUAAUAAGUGAGAUAUAUCGAAAUAUUUCAUUACCGCUUCAGUCAAUCGAUAGUAUUUUUUUAAGCUAAAACACGUAAAAUGUAAUGCUUAAUUUUUUUUUUUUUUUGUUUUUUUGUCUCUGAGAACUCUACCAAAAAAUACAUUGGAUUAACUACAACUUUGAAUGAAACCCUUAGCGAUACUGUUAAAACUCCAAUUUUGACCAACUAAAUAUAACAUUAUUGUGAAAGCGCUCCACGACGUUGAUUAAAAUCUCGAAUGAAAAGUAAGAAAAGAAAUAAACGAAUCAAUCAAUAAAAAUUUAUUAGAUUCAGUAGCAAAAAUCAUCAGAUCUAUGGACCACACGUACCGAUAAAUGCAUUGAUAAGUAUAGACAUUUGACAGACGCGCAGAGGAACCACCGCGCAUAUAAUCGUACAGUUAGAGAGAACGCACACAGUCUCAUGCAUAAGGAUAUACAUGAGCGCUCAUACAUAUAGAGAUAACUACAGAAGAAAUAUAUAUACUAUAAAGCACUGGUGAUACAUGAACAUAAUUACGCAAGCGCAUACAACUAACUGUUGAAUGUACUGCUCAGGAGAUAUUACAAUUGAGAAAGUUGCUUCCCGCCACAGCAAGGCUAGUAAUAUUUGUUCUACCAGCUUGAUUUUUUUUUAUUGAUGUGCAUAAAAAGGAGACACGAUGAGUUCCUCAAAUAUAACCGCUGUGAAAGAAUGCAAAGGGCUUGUGUUACCAAUACUUAUAGAGGACCACUGGAACGUAAAUUUUCGCGCCUUCCUUUACCUUUUGGCCAUGAUAUGGUGCUUUCUAGGAGUAGCAAUCAUAUCUGAUGUUUUCAUGUGCUCAAUUGAACGAAUCACGAGUAAAACCAGGAAGAUUCGAAUUUCUGAUCCUAAAGACAAAGAUGGUUUUCGUGAAAUAGAAGUGAAAGUAUGGAAUGAUACAGUAGCCAAUUUGAGCUUAAUGGCUUUGGGGACGAGUGCACCAGAAAUUUUAUUGUCAGUCAUUGAGACUAUAGGAAAUAAGUUCGAACCCGGUGAACUUGGACCAGCAACUAUUGUCGGCUCUGCUGCCUUCAAUUUAUUGGUUAUUACUUCUAUAUGUAUGGUUUCGAUUCCAACUGGAGAAAUUCGCCAAAUCAAAAGUAUAAACGUAUUCGGUGUGACUUCUUGUUUUAAUAUGUUUGCCUAUAUAUGGUUAGCAAUUGUUCUGCUUGCCAGUUCUAAGGAUCUCGUGAAAGUCUGGGAGGCUGUGAUUACUUUUACUUUAUUUCCUAUACUUAUCUGCAUAGCUUUUCUAGCAGAUAAGAACUUUUUCCGGACCAAAAAUAAAAUCGGUACACCGGUGGAGAUUGGAAUUGAACUGGGAAACGAAGUAGAUUAUCCUGGCAGUAGCGAUUCUACUGUUGAUAUCAUAGAAAUAUCUCGGGAACUCGGCAGAAACAAAAACCUGUCUCCCGAUGAGGCUGCUAAAUUAGCAGCAGCAACUGUUGCACAGAACCAAACUCACACGUCUGCAUGGUACAGGAUUAAUGCUACUCGAUCGAUAACAGGAGGACAAAAGCUGGUGCCACAAGUGAGCAAAGCAUUCGCCAAUAUCUUCCUUGGCAUCCAGCAAGGUGGACGCGAGUGUGUGCAAGAAUCAAGAACGAGUCUCAAAGGCGAAACACCCGAUGACCUAAGUGACCAUGGCAACAAAGCUGUUGUUGAAUUCACAGCCAGUUCUUAUGCUGUUAUGGAGAACGAAGGUCAUGUUAAGAUCGGAAUCAAACGAACGGGAUGUCUUGACAUCACAGCUAAAGUUCGAGUGGAAACUUGUGAUGGAACGGCAGAAUCCGAAAGCGACUACAGACCAAUCAAAGAGACUGUGGUUUUUGAACCAAACGAGACUUCGAAAGAGAUUCAGGUGGAGAUCAUUGAUGAUGACGUUUGGGAACCAGAUGAGUUUUUCUACAUUAAGCUUUAUUUGGAUUCGGAAUCGGCUGAAAAUGACCGAGUAGUUUUAGGCAAAAUCGCCAUCAAUAUGGUCACCAUUAUAAACGAUGACGGUAAGUUGACUUCGAUUUCAUAAAGGGUAUAUUGGAUU